ACUUCAGCCUCUCUCCAAAAACCCUCGAGAAACACAGAAAAGCAGAAGCCAUGGAUUCUGUUCCAUGCAAGGCUUUUCUGCUUGUUCAGCUCUUGUUCCUACUCAGCUGCUUCCAAGAAGCCUCCUGUGUUUUCCCCAGCCCCCCGGUUCACCCUCCGACCUGGCACGACCACGGCCACCCCCUUGAUCACUCCCCGAGCCCCGCACCUUCCCUCGCUCCCUUCCAUCCUCCGGGUCACCCCCCAAUUAAACCGCCGGCCCAACCGCCUGUCAAACCUCCAGUCUACAACCCUCUUUGGAGGAAGUUCAUAGCCGUUCAAGGCGUCGUUUAUUGCAAGUCCUGCAAAGAAACCCUCGACGGCAGCGACAAACCCAUUUUUGGUGCCCAAGUGAAGCUCCUGUGCAAGAACACCAGGUACUCAGCGGCGGUAGCGACCGCAACGACCGACAAGAAUGGCUACUUCUUCCUCCAAGCGCCCAAGACCGUCACAAGCUUCGCCUCCCACAAGUGCAAGGCCUAUUUGGUCUCAUCUCCAAUCUCCUCAUGCAGUCAACCAUCCAACCUCAACGGCGGAGUGACCGGCGCCACCUUGAGGUGGGAGAUGUGGCCCUCGAUCAAGUACCCAUUCAUACUCUACUCGGUCGGACCGUUCGCAUUCAAGCCCAAGUGCAAAGCCCCGGGUCCCAAAUGAUCUCCCCAUCGUGUGUCACCGUAGCUUCUAUUGUUGUUGAGUGUCAUCCGUGAUUCGAGUCUCAUGAUAAAGGUUGUACUUGUGCUUGUAGUAUUUGUUGGUCGGUUUAUUUGAGUGACAAUAAAUGAUAUAAAGGAGUGGGUGUCCCCC